UGAUAUUUACACGGUGACUGCAGAACAUUGUGGAGUAGGCUACAGCCAGUAGAAAUUACGAGCAGACUUACGUUGCCAUAGCUUCCGUUAACAGUAGCCUACACGAUGUUGGGGAUCGAGCUGUCAGUUCACAGCGGCUCAUGACAUUGAGGCUAUAGUAUUGCCUACCUGCUCAGGUGGACUAUAAACGAAAUUAUUAAUCAGUAUAUGUAAAGCCAUCUAUUUACAGGAAUAAGGGUUACACUGUGUUACGCGACAUGAGAACAAAGUUCCUUUUAUAAGAGGAUAUCGUGAUUACAUUGGUGGAGAAUAAUUCCUCUGAGGUGUUGUGUGUCUGCUACAUCUCUGACCUUGAAGCAGUGGAAGGAGGACGGGCAGAAGAGAGAAGAGCCGAGACGGAAGAGCCGAGACGGAAGACAGAGGGGGGAGUGGAGAGAGAGUUUUUCCCCCUCAGAGGACUCCACCCCAUUCAGAACGGGAGAGAGUGGCCCCUCACCCCCAGGAGCGAUGUGACAGGGGGACCCCAGCAGCAUCUCCUGCAGCUAGAAUGGACCUGAGAACCAGCUUGCUCUGAAACCACCUCUCACCCAGUCACGAUGGUCCCAGUUCUGUUUUUAGUGGCAACAACAAUAACAAGCAACAACUCAUCCCAGACAAACCAAACAGAGGGUACCCACCCACUCAGCGCCCCCCACGUCCUGCCUACCGUGCUGGUGCUCUCGCUGCUGCUGGUCAUCCUUGUGCUGCUGGCCUGGUACUUCCUCAGGGUAAGACACCACAGGAAGGCGGUGGUCACAAGUGUCGACAAGAAGAUACCAAAUGGCAUUUUGGAAGAACAAGAUCAAGGUAAAGAGCUGGGAGGCCAAGCAGCUGAGUUACACACACUGUCAGAACAACAGACAGUGGUCCUGCUUCCCCGCUCCCCGUCCGCCUCCAAGACCUACUUCCCCAUCCCCGUAGAACACCUAGAAGAGGAGUUCAGACUUCGCUCCGCCGACGAUGGAAAACUUUUCAGAGAGGAGUUUAAUUCAUUGCCGGGAGGUUACACCCAGGGGACGUGUGAGGAGGCCAACAAGGAAGACAACAAGGAAAAGAACAGAUACCCCAACAUCCUACCAUACGACCAUUCAAGGGUGGUGCUCACUCCGCUGGAUGGAGAUCCCUGCUCAGACUAUGUGAACGCCUCUUACAUUGACGCCUUCAAAGACAAGAACAAAUUCAUCGCUGCGCAAGGCCCAAAACAGGACACGGUAGCAGACUUCUGGAGGAUGAUCUGGGAGCAGAAGGCAGCCACAAUCGUCAUGCUCACAAACUUGAAGGAGAGGAAAGAGGAUAAAUGUUACCAGUACUGGCCUGACCAAGGUUGUUGGACUUAUGGGAAUGUCCGUGUGGUCGUGGAAGACUUCACAGUCCUUGUGGACUAUACCAUACGCAAGUUUUGUGUGCAAUAUCAGGCUAGUGAUGGGACGAAGACUCCCCGAUUGGUGACCCAGAUGCACUUCACCAGCUGGCCUGACUUCGGAGUGCCCUUCUCCCCCAUUGGCAUGCUCAAGUUCCUGAAGAAGGUCAAGCAGGUCAACCCAUCCUACGCCGGGCCCAUUGUGGUCCACUGCAGUGCUGGGGUGGGCCGAACAGGCACCUUCAUUGUGAUUGAUGCCAUGAUUGAGAUGAUGUAUGCAGAGCCAAAGAUCGAUGUCUUCGGUUUUGUGUCCCGGAUACGAGACCAGCGCUCCCAGCUUGUUCAAACAGACAUGCAGUACUCGUUCAUAUACCAGGCCCUGCUGGAGUACUACCUCUAUGGGGACACAGAACUGGAUGUGUCCUCGUUAGAGGGACACUUGCACAAACUGCACAACACCCUGACCACUGGUGACAGGGUAGGACUAGAGGAGGAGUUCAAAAAACUCACAAACAUGCGGAUCAUGAAGGAGAAUAUGAGAGCUGGGAACCUCCCGGCUAACAUGAAGAAAAACCGAGUGCUUCAGAUCAUCCCCUAUGAUUUCAACAGAGUAAUUCUGUCAAUGAGGAGAGGUCAGGAGUUUACCGACUACGCCAACGCUUCUUUUAUUGACGGCUACCGGCAGAAGGACUACUUCAUUGCCACCCAGGGUCCCCUAUCUCACACAGUGGACGACUUCUGGAGGAUGGUGUGGGAGUGGAAGUGUCACUCUAUAGUCAUGCUGACGGAGCUGCAGGAGAGGGAGCAGGAUAAGUGUUUCCAGUACUGGCCCCUGGAGGAUUCGGUGACGUAUGGCGACUACACCGUGGAGAUUAAAGGGGACACUCUGUGUGACACCUUCAGCCUGCGGGAUCUGGUACUCACAUAUGGCCAGGAGAAACAGCCAAGGCUGGUGCGGCACUUUCACUUUCAUGGCUGGCCAGAGAUUGGCAUCCCAGCGGAGGGCCGAGGGAUGAUCGACAUCAUCGCUGCCGUGCAGAAACAACAGCAGCAGUCAGGGAACCAUCCCAUUGUUGUCCACUGCAGUGCGGGGGCUGGCCGGACAGGUACGUUCAUUGCGUUGAGUAAUAUCCUGGAGCGGGUGAAGGCUGAGGGCCUGCUGGACGUGUUCCAAACUGUGAAGAGUUUACGCAUGCAGAGGCCGCACAUGGUGCAGACCGUGGAACAGUAUGACUUCUGCUACAGAGUGGUACAGGAUUUUGUCGACAUCUUCUCAGACUAUGCCAAUUUCAAAUGAGAAAUUAUCUGCCUUAAACAGUUGUUCUGUGUUGUUUUUGAUAUCAGGUGGUGAGGAGUUUGUACCUUGCCACUGAAUUAAAUUGUCUUCUAUUUUGCUAUGCACUUGUCCUCAUUGUAACUAAGACAUCAUACCUAGCUGUAAUAUAUUGUCAUAUACUAGAGCUUCUCAGCCAAUAAAACCAUUGUAAAUGCUAAUAUCCUUUUUCGAUGAAAGUAAUGUUUAAAUUUGACAUUAUUUAAUUUUUUUUGUUUUCUAUAUUUUUGUCUUGCUCUGGUUACUGUUCAUUUUGUUGUAAAAUAUUGUUCUUUUGUUUAUUAUGUUUAUUGCUUUUUUAAUCUGCAUCAUGCCAAUUAAGCAUUCUACUGAUCAUUCCAUGUAAUAUUUGUAAAGCAGUAGUUAUUGUAAAUGUAUUUAUAUACUGUUUCAGCCGUCCAUCGCCAACCUUUAAAGACAGAAAACCUUUAUGUGAAUGUUCUCUGAUGUAUUUAUGCAAAUGUAAGUAAGGUCUUAUGCUUCACGACGCUGGUUGAUAUCUCUCAUUGAGAGACUGUGUUUUGUUAGGUGGAAAAAAAACGAUCCCAUGGUUGCUUUUGUUAAAAGGCCAAACCCUUCCUCCGAGACGUCAGAGAUACAUGAGGAGGUCUGAAUCCAACUCUGCACAUAUCUCAUUAAUAUGAAUGCUUGUUUCCAAGCUGUGAGGUCACCUCUGUUUUUUUCUGAGGAAGGUACACUAUAGUUCUAGCCAUAUAAACACCUAUGUUUCAAUGAGUCUGCCAAUGCCUUGCAGAGCCCAAUAUGUCCCGGUCAUCAGUUGAUCUACUGAUUUUCAAAAGGAUGAAAAAAUAGCAGCACAUGUCCUGAAGCACACUGACCACGGAAGAUUGUCAUGCAGAAUUGCCAAGGAGUUACAGCAGCUGCAAAAAAGGAGUCUGCAUUUGUAAAUACAUCCACCCUAAUACCAGUAUUAUGUCAUAGUAGUGCUGGUGGUGCUGUCUGAAACAGCAUACAUACAGUAAAUACAAAUAUAUUUUGGAAUUCCACCACUGCUUUUAUGCUGUUUUCUGUUUGCAUGAAACAGUGCCAUAUUCUCUAGAUGAGAAAAUAUAUUUUCAAUGAUAGCCUCUUACUCGUAAAAUAACAUAAAAUUGUAUUUAUGCAGGAUAGGAUUAAGUACAAGGCAUUUAAAUCCAUCUAUGAUCCAUAUUGUGGCUAAUAAGGUCACAGAUGGGCAUGGUAUUCAUUCAUUUGAACUGACACAAGGUCGGUUGAUGCUUAUGCACAAAUGUACAAUAUGAAAUAGUUAACUUACCACCGAGCAUAUGCAGGGAGGAAAGUUUCACCCAUGUGUUGGAGAAGUAGGAUGCCAUUUCUAGCCAUGUAAAUGUAGAAAACCAUUAGGAAUGGAAUAUUAGUGAAAAAGGAUACUGGUUUAUAGUCAUUGGCUGAAUAAUAUCCUAAUGCUUUAAGCAGGGCAAACCAAACAAAUGAAGCACAGUAAGGAGUUUUGUAUUUUUGCCUGAGCAGUGACUGGAUUGUAAUAUAGCCUACUGUAGACGCACAGCAUACUCACAUACUGCGCCCUCCAGGAUGGAGAGGCCGGACCAACCUGAACAUUUUUCCAAAGGUCCUGAGCAAAACCUCAUAACAGACAUUUCAUUCCUCCUUUUCUUUUCGCUUUCUUCAAUCUGCUCACUUUGAUUGUGAAAUAUGCUCCUUACCCCUUGUCUUAAAAUGGGAUUGACAGAGAUAACUCGUACUUUAACACAAAAAGCAUUAAAAGAGGUCUGUGUUGAUUUAAACACACCAGCUAUAUGGCAUAUCAAACAGUGAUCAUCUCCAAGUGGAGGGUUACCCCACUCACGGGUUGAAGCCAACGUUCAGUGGACCUAAGAAAGACAAAGAGUAUCAUCUACCCACGGAAGGAGUUUUCAUUUCCUGUAUUGACUGAAACGCUGCUUCCUCUGCGGUCUUUGGACGGUCUCAGCCCUGCAUUUGUCUUGCUGUUAUAUAACUGUAGAAACAUUUCUUGAACAUUGUGCUCAGCAUUUGUGAGAUUCAUGGAGUUUAUUUGGUAGCUUGCCAGCCAGAUGUCUCCCUUCAGUGUUUGCCUUUCCUCAUUCAAUUUGUCAAACUGUGUUGCCAACCCCAGGCUUCUGCUAAUCAUGGCUAUUUAAGGGUAUAGCAAAAGAUAAGGUAUAUCAUUUCCUGAUUUUGUCAUGUCAUACUGGAUUUAGUGUCUUUGUAAAUGCAGUUUUCAAUAUUAAAUACAGUUGAUAAAAUCCUGAU